AUGGAGAUGGAACGCGUAAUCGAGUUUCCGCACACUCAUCUCGAUCGGAGGCCCCGGAAGAGGGCGCGUCUAGGCUGGGAUGUCCCUCUUAUCGCUAAGGCUCAGGUAGGGAUAUAUUGUGGGCAAGAGAUUGGUGAUGUAGCAAGCUUUGCGUCUUCAGGAGCAAACCCAGAUUAUACCACCAAUUAUAAUUCUGUGUUUGAUAAGGAUGUUGCUCGAAAUGGCUCUCCUCCAUGGAGAGAAGAUGACAAGGAUGGACAUUACAUGUUUGCUAUUGGAGAUAAUUUAACUUCUCGCUAUAAGAUCCAUAGCAAAAUGGGUGAAGGUACUUUUGGUCAGGUCCUAGAAUGCUGGGACAGGGAAAGGAAAGAAAUGGUUGCUGUGAAAAUUGUUCGUGGUAUCAAGAAAUAUCGUGAGGCAGCUAUGAUUGAAAUUGAUGUGCUGCAGCAACUGGGUAAAAAUGAUAGGGGUGGCCACCGUUGUGUGCAAUUACGGAACUGGUUUGACUAUCGUAAUCAUAUCUGUAUUGUCUUUGAGAAGCUUGGACCAAGCUUAUACGAUUUCCUUCGCAAAAACAAUUAUCGCUCAUUUCCCAUUGAUCUUGUCCGUGAGAUUGGCAGACAACUGUUGGAUUGUGUAGCAUUUAUGCAUGACUUGCGGCUUAUUCAUACUGAUUUGAAGCCUGAAAACAUUCUCUUAGUUUCAUCAGACUAUGGCAAAGUACCUGACUACAGGGGUUCAUCUCGUUCCCCAAGGGACAGUUCCUACUUCAAAAGGGUCCCCAACUCUAGUGCAAUCAAGGUCAUUGAUUUUGGUAGCACAACGUAUGACCGUCCGGAUCAGACCUACAUCGUGUCAACCAGGCAUUACCGUGCACCAGAAGUUAUCCUUGGUCUUGGUUGGAGCUAUCCAUGUGAUGUUUGGAGCAUUGGGUGUAUUCUAGUGGAGUUGUGCACAGGUGAAGCUUUAUUUCAGACUCACGAGAAUUUGGAGCACCUUGCAAUGAUGGAGAGGGUGCUGGGUCCUUUACCCCUGCACAUGUUGAAGAGAGCAGAUCGACAUGCUGAUAAGUAUGUUAGAAGAGGAAAACUGGACUGGCCAGAAGGGGCUGCAUCUAGGGAGAGUGUUAGGGCAGUAAUGAAGCUACCUAGACUGCAGAAUUUGAUAAUGCAGCACGUCGAUCAUUCUGCUGGAGAUCUUAUCCACCUAUUGCAAGGUCUCCUUAGGUACGAUCCUAUGGAGAGGUUGACAGCUCGGGCUGCUUUGAGGCAUUCGUUUUUCACGAGGGAGCAUCCGAGGAGGUGA